AUGACAGUAAAAUUAACAAAGUCAGUGAUAACGAUGGGUGCAAAUCACAGGAACAAAGGCCUGAGUUCACAAAUUCUCUAUAUAAACUGCAACAAGAAAAAAUUUUGCUUGGCACAAUCCACACAACUUUUCAUCACAAACUUGAUCGCGCAAUUAAAUGAAGAGUCAUUGAACGCAAGAGAGGGCAAACAAGGAGAGAAACUGUUGUUGUCGGCAACAAUGGAACCUGGAGCUCCAACGAUGAUGGAAAUGAUAGUUGAGUUGAGAGGGAGAGAUAUGGAUGAGAUGGAGAGAUAUGGAGGAGGGGGAGAGCUAUGA